UAACGAUCAGUGACACCUAGCGAGAAACACAGCCGCGACGAGCAAUACAGUCAUUAUGAGUGGCUGCGACCCGCACUUUGCACAACUUCCGGCGUCGGCGUACGCCCAUGUGGGCUCGCAAGCUCCGCGCGCGAGACUGGCAUCCUCACGGUGAGGAAUUCUCAAGCAGUCUCAAGAAUGCUGGAUGGAUGUCGGCCACGUGUCCAGGUCGCUUGUGCCCGACGGCGAAGCAUCUCUAGACUCUGCAAAUCAUAUGGAGCGAAGCAGCAUUGACGCGUUGUCAUCAUGCGGAACGGUACCGCCUCGUAUGUUGCACCCAUGAGGCUAAUUCCGCCCCGGCACAACGGCUCCAGUAUUCGAGGAGGUACAUAUAGCGAGCGUGUGUCGAGCGGUUCGGUAAGUACCCGGCACCUGCGAGCGAAGAUGUUGGUGUCUGCAAUACUGACUCUGGGUCUGACGGCCGUGUCUGCCAGUGCGGCACCGCAGCCUAUAGUUGGGAGAGACGUGCAACCCGUCUCGCUGACUGCUCGGAAAGUACCCAAGGGACAUGUCGCAUCUCUUCGGAAGAGGUCUGGCGUCUCAGCCAACAUUGCGCUUGACGACUACUUCAACGGAACCGAUCUCCAGUGGUAUGGUGACAUCCAAGUUGGGACCCCGCCGCAAAACAUCAGUGUGAUCUUCGACACAGGAAGCUUCACACUCGAGUUUACCAGCACGGAAUGUGCCGAAGCGUGUGCGAACCAGCGAAAGUUUGACGUAGACGAGAGUUCGACGUACGUGUACACCGACCAGAUAUCCACCCUUCCGUUCGAGACUGGCAUCGGUGUGGAUACGUUGCAAUCUGAGGACGAAUAUGUGCUGUGGCUGCGCGAGGGCUAUGAUACUGUGUCGGUUGGCGGCGUCAGCACCCCCAAUGUUUCGCUGUACACUAUCAUCAACCAGACGCAGGCCUUCGACGCUGACCCGAACAGUGGUAUCCAAGGUAUGGGCCCUGCGGUUAUUGGCUUUUGGAAAGGGCUCGUGGAUCAAGGCAUUGACGCGCUCUUUGGCCUCUACCUGACACCGAAGUCUGUCGGCAACGCGGAGCUGACGAUCGGGGGGAUCGACUCGUCAAAGUACACCGGAGACUUGACAUACGUCCCGAUCUCUCCUACGAGCGAUGGUUCCUGGGAGCUCGACUCUCCCGCCGUCUACGUCAACGGCCAGACGGUCGAUGCCAUCAACACCAAGCGUACCUUCAUCUUCGACAGUGGAACACCAAAUGUCUACUUCGACGACGCCGACGUUGUUGAGGCUAUUUACGCACUGAUUUCGCCCGAUAUCAAGCCCUACGACACCGAGCCUGGUACCUACGGUAUCGCGUGCGACAAGAUCGACCAGCUUCCCGCUGAGAUCGACUUCACCUUCACGGACACCUCUGGCAAGCCAUUCAACCUGACGAUCCCGACUAGCGAAUUCAACGUUGGGCCGUUCGAAGCGGAACCGUCGCUCUGCCAGACGAUGAUCAACGCGCUCGACGGCCUGGACUUGAUUGGUGGAAGCCUGCUGAAGCACUACUACAGUGUAUGGGAUAUCAGCAAUCAGCAGAUGGCCUUUGCUCAGAGCGUCACGGACUCGCAGUGAGAUGCCCCCAACACCCUCGUUCCGUCACAUGGACAUUAUUUAAUGUACGGCAUAUAUACGAGUUUACUGUCUUUCCUUUGGUAUCCCAAGCCCUGAAGCCCUGAACUUGUGUGGACGUUUCGAUCGGAAACCCUUGCCUAGUGAGAUGCCGCGACACACGUGUCCGUCGAUUGAACAGGACCAAAUAGCUGGCCGAGCUGCGCUAUUUUACUUGUCCAAACGACCACGAAUACCAGUCUAUGUUGCCAAGUGCCAUGUGCGCGGGCCCCUCUUA